AUGUACGUCUUGCCCGUUUGUGUACCGGCUCUAACUCUACCCAACGUCUAUGCUCUAGGCAGACGUGGUUAUCUUCUGGUUUUUACACGUUACUUAUACGAGGUAGUUCGUGUAGGCUUACGUGCCAAAGUAUUUGGUACCGAUUAUUUGGCAUGUUCUCAUACCGCGGCAGAGAUGCAACUGGUGUUUUCAAAAAACCUGACAUGGCACGGGGAGCAUCAAAAGACACCCUAAAACUGCUUAGACAGACCUUCUUAUGAAUCCUAGUUUAUCGUUUGUCCUCCCUAGUUGGGGGACCUCAUCUAUGAAAGGUCUGAAAGCACUAAAAACGGGUGAGUGCAGACAGAGACGGACUUCCACACAGUUGCACUUUAGCAUUUUGCAUUUUUUUUAUUUUUUAUUUUUUUAUAUAUGAAUCUUUAGUUCUUCAUGGUGCGUUUAGACUUGAUGUCGACUCUCUUUGAAUAAUAGAGACCUGCAUUAAACACUACUUUCAAUAACUCAUUACUUCUUCAAUUUUUUUUUUUUUUUUUGCCUAAUAUGUUUGUUUACGAUGGUAUAUAUGUCUUUAAUGGUAUUAAGGCACACCUAAUCUGUUAUAAACAAACAUAAAAGUUACUUCCAGAA